AUGGAAGUGUACACCAUCCACUAUGCCGCGGUUUGCGAAGGACCGGAGCCGCUCAAAUUCCUUCUGAAGAACGGUGCUUCUCCUUUAGCUUUGACUAAGCAGCAUGAGUCACCGCUUCAUGUUGCUGCACGAGCCGGAAGAAAGGAAACCAUCAAAAUCCUUCUCGACGACGCCAUAACCAAUUUGGAAGCCCCCGAAAAAGGAGCUCAAGGAAUCAAACCUGAGAAGUCAAUGAUAAAUGCUCGAACGAGGCAUGGUGACACGGCUUUGGCCUUAGCAGUACGCUACCAAAGGUGA